UCUCCCAUUUUUUAGUACAAGAAAAACAAAUAAAAAAAAAACAACUCUAAGGGAAACAGAACCGAAGGCAGACUCAACCAUGUCGAACUUGGAAGCCUCGGGAUCGGGACGGAUUGAGUAUGACGCCGAUAUGGAGUUUACCCUCCCGGAUCAGGAGCCGGGAACGGAUACCUCUGGCACGGCCGCCCAGGUGUCCCGGAGCAAGAAGCCCUACAUGAAGAAGUUCAAGGAGCCGGACUCCGACGAGGAUGUGGGCGACCCGAGGAACCUCUACAAUGUGGCGGAGUCAUGGCGAACUCUUAUGAGCCUGGCCAGCUGCCAGAAGGUCAUGGUGUCAGAGAAGGUUCAGAAGAUCCUAAAGAUCGAGGUGGGCAUCAAUGUUACCCAGGAGUUCCCCUGGAAGCAGGUUCAGUACAAAGACCUGCGCGAUGUCCUCUUCGACGAGCUGGAGAACUCGGCUGACCUGAUAAAGAAGUUCAAGAGCUUCAAUCCGGAGCACUUCGUUCUGAUUGGCUUUUGCCCCCUCCUGACUGAGCAGGACGACGAUCCGCCCGAGGGCGAUCCCUUCAUCUUCUACUCUAGCAUCAAGGAGUCGAAGCUGGCCAUGGGCAUCAUCCAAAACAUGGAGCACUUUGAGCGCUGGCGCAUGCAGCGUCGCCUCCGCAAGAAGCCUCGCCGAUGGGUCAGCCAGGGCACCGAGGACGAGAUGACCAUCAUGGUGGAGCACUUCAAGGAGGAGCCCAUCGAUGUGGAGAUCCAGAGCGUCUACCCCAUCCAGAUGCCGCCGCACGUGAUCUUCGACUACAGGUUGACCCGGGAUGUUCGAGAUGGAGUCAUCGAGCUGCUGCCCAACGAGAACAUCAAAUGGGAGAAUGUGACUAAAAAGCGGAUCACAGUUGCUGUCCAGUCAGCUCCUCCAAAGAUCGACCGGGAGCAGCAGACGAACCCCACAUUUCCCUCGAACGCUUGGUCUCAGUACCUCUACGAGAUCGAUGAUGAAGACCUCGAGCUGGAUGAAACGGACGUGGACGAAGAGGAGGAGAAGCGCAAGGCCCAAGCCAAGGCAGGAACAUAUGUGGCUCCAGAGAAGCCGCCUCCGGAGAUGUCCUCGCAGAUCCAGAUGCUGCUCAACACGCUGGACUUUAAUCAGAUCGAUAGCUACCGGGACGACUACUCCUUGAUUUCCUCGCGUCAGGUGGUGCAGUACACCAAUCCGUACCUGCAGGAGUUUCUCUGCUUUGCCAACAUCUCCAAGAGCAACAAGCGCUACGUGGCCGGCUAUGACUGGUAUCCGAAUCUCUCGGGAUUGAUUGCGGUGUCCUACGCCUUCAGCACUCCAGCGACCAUUAACGAGGCCACCAACCGCGUGGACUACGUGCAGCGUGCGGUGCUGGAACCCAAUCCCGUGCUGCUCUGGAGCUUCUCGGACAACCUGAACUACAAGCUGGAGUUCGAUGCGCAGAUCGAGAACACCGCGCUGACCUUCUGCCCGUUUAAUGGCGACAUCCUGCUGGGCGGCUGCAGGAACGGCCAGGUGGUCCUGUGGGACCUGCAAGGACGUUGCGAGAGGCUGGAUGAGGAGGAGUACCUGACCGCCGCUCAGGCCAAGUACCGGACGAUGAUUGGCGAGUUUCUCAACUGGACCAUCGAGCUGGAGGACAACCGGAUCUCGCCGGCCACCACGUCCAUGCUGCCCACUUCUCCCAAAGGCCCCAUCACGGCCUUUUACUGGCUGGGCUCCUCGAUCUACCUGAACCACUUCGGGAAGGUCUUCAACGAUCCAAACCCCAAGAAUACCCACAAGUUCUUCGUGACGUGCUCCUUCGGCGGAACCAUCAGCUUCUGGAACCUGGACGGUGGCGCUGGAAAGGCCGCCAAGGAAAAGAUGCGCAGCCGCAUGCUGCCCAAGCAGCUGACCCAGAGCGAGUCCUCCUACAAGCUGCAGAUGAUCAAGCCGACCUACAAUCUCUACUUUCCCGAGCCCAUAACAGGGAUCAUAGCGGAUACCGCGAGCUUCAGCUGCCUGACCCCGAUUCCGAAGGUUAUUCAAACCAAUCCGCACAACUAUCCCACCAAGAUGAUAGCCAAGGAUCCGCCCAAUCUCCGCCAGAGCAUGAUCGUCUCUACGUUCUACGGCCACAUCAACCGGAUCGAGUGGCAGGGCACCUACACGGAGGGCGACCCCACGGAGGUCAUCAACAGCUCCAUCCCAUUCGCCCGGGUGCACGAUGGUCCAGUGGUGAUGGUGAAAAAGAAUCCCUUCUAUCCCCAGCUCUUUGCUUCCAUCGGACGCACCAUUCUGGCCAUCUGGAAGGAGGACUACAACUAUUCGCCGAUCUUCUGGCGGCAGCGGGCCUGUGACCUUACCGCCGUGGCCUGGAGCGAGACGCGACCGGCUGUCCUGUACGUGACCAGGAUGGAUGGCAUCCUGGAAGCCUGGGAUAUCCUAGCUCGCGACGACGAUGCCUGCCUCAUCGAGAUCCUUGGCGGUGGGAUUAUCACCGGAAUCACGGAGCACCGCCCAUCGCUGCCGCACAAGAUCCUGGGCAUUGGAGACUACAACAGCAGCAUCCGAAUGGUUAAGCUGCCGCACUCCUUCGAUGUGCCACUGAACAAUGAGCUGGAGAAGCUGAUGGAAUACGUACUCAAAGAGGAGCGGCGCAAGAUGAGCAUUCAGGCGUGGGAGCACAAGUACUACGAGCUCAACAAGGAUAUUAUCGAGGCGAAGCGGGAGGCGGAGGAGGAGACCCGCAAGGAGAUGGAGCGCAUCGAGCGGGAGGAGCAGUUUGCCAACCGAAAGAAGGGCGCCAAGGGAGAGGAGGGUGGGGAGGGGGAUCAAGGCAAAGGCACCAAGGGCAAGUUAGGUGGCAAUUACAACGAGAGAAUGGCCGUGCUUUGGGAUGAACUGAACCUGAACCGCAUGAUGACCAUCUUGAUGUCCCGCAAGCAGAUGGAUCCCGAGAAGCUGGCCCGCGAAACGGCGCUGCAGAAGGAGCAGCUGGCCUACGAGGAGGCCAAAAAGAAGUCCCACCGGGAUGUGCUGGCCAGCGUGGACAACGACAUUGCCACCAUCCGGUCGCGCAUCCUGCCGGCCGAGGUGCCGGACCUGCAGCGCAGUGAGAUGAUUCAGGAGCGGGUGCAACGCGAGAUUGCCAUGUCCGACAGCUACGAGAAGGUCUGCGAGGAUGCCUUCGAGAUGCUGGGCACCUUCCAGGAGUUCAAGUCCAUCGACUACAUAGAGUUCCUGGAACGGGGCCGCCAGCGGCGUCAGCUGCUUGACCAGUCCUUGGGCGGGAACACGGAUCGGCUACUCUGGUACAAGGAGAAGUGCGAGAGCGGUGAGAUCAACGAGUGCCAGUUCGGCUACGAGUUCCUGCACAACCAUUCGGGGGAGUCAACGAGCCAGCAUGGAUUCCCGGACACCAUGACAUCCGAGACCAGAUCGAGCGACAUUAACGUGGAAAUGGAAACUGUGGAGACGGGUAUAAUGGGUCGUCUCGGAGAAUAAUGGACUUGUGAUUGUGUUAAAAUCGUUUCAAAAUGCUUAUAUUCUGUUAGUAAAUGUUGUAGAUAUUUUUUGAGAGCUCGAA